AUCGCACUGUCAGUGGAGGCUGCUGCCUGCCCCGGAGGUGGGCUGCGCUGUGGCAGCCGAAGCUGGCAGAGCUGGACGCCAGAGCCGGGCUUUGCAUGGUUCUAUUUGAAGCUGUGAAUUCCUUUGGACAACUGAUGAUAUUUAUCAUUGUGCCCAGUUUCUACAAAUAAAAAAAUGGGUGGAUUAUUUUCUCGUUGGAGGACAAAACCUUCAACUGUAGAGGUUCUGGAAAAUAUAGAUAAGGAAAUUCAAGCAUUGGAAGAAUUUAGGGAAAAAAAUCAGAGAUUACAAAAAUUAUGGGUUGGAAGAUUAAUUCUCUACUCUUCAAUUCUCUAUCUGUUUACGUGUUUAAUUGUCUACUUAUGGUACCUUCCUGAUGAAUUUACAGCAAGACUUGCCAUGACACUCCCAUUUUUUGCUUUCCCGUUAAUCAUCUGGAGCAUAAGAACGGUGCUUAUUUUCUUCUUUUCCAAGAGAACAGAAAGAAAUAAUGAAGCAUUGGAUGAUUUAAAAUCCCAGAAGAAAAAAAUACUUGAAGAAGUCAUGGAAAAAGAAACUUAUAAAACGGCUAAAUUAAUUCUUGAAAGGUUUGAUCCAGACUCAAAGAAAGCAAAGGAGUUGGAGCCGCCAUCUGCUGGAGCAACUUUAACUGCAAGACCUGGACAAGACUUACUUCACUCUGUAUGGCAGUCUCUAGAUCCAUCCACAUCUCUACAAAUGACCCAAUUUCGUUCCUUUUUAUGGCUGAAGAUUCGUCAGCGACCUGUAGCUCAAAGAAACCUUUCUCCAGCACCAGCAGGCUCUAGCCAGGGCUCUCCCCCAAAAGUUCCAGUAUCUCCUGGACCACCAAAGGACAUUUCGGCCCCUGGUGGACCCCCAGAAAGAACUGUUAUUCCAGCCCUAUCGUCAAAUGUGUUACCAAGACGUUUUGGAUCUCCUGCUACUUCAGUGCCUGGAAUGGGUCUUCAUCCUCCUGGUCCACCUUUAGCAAGACCUAUUCUGCCCCGAGAGCGAGGUGCUCUGGAUAGAAUUGUUGAAUAUUUAGUUGGUGAUGGUCCACAGAACAGGUAUGCCCUUAUAUGUCAGCAGUGUUUUUCUCACAAUGGCAUGGCUUUGAAAGAAGAAUUUGAAUACAUUGCUUUUCGUUGUGCCUACUGUUUUUUCUUGAAUCCUGCAAGAAAAACCAGACCCCAGGCUCCAAGACUUCCAGAGUUUAGUUUUGAGAAGGGGCAGAGUUUGGAAGGCUCAAGUACAGUUGGUUCCUUGCCCUCAGGAAGUGUGAUUUCAUCAGAGAACCAGAUCAUUGAAGAAUCUUUAGAAGAACAAGAUGUUCUAGAUAACAGUACAGAGCAGACAGAUGACAAAAUACAGGAUACAGAGCAGACAGACCCAGUGAUUGAACAAGCAUCUGGCGCAGAGAAACCAGAGGAGAAGCAGGAAGAGACCGAGAAUGAGGAAACCUCAAUGAAUAAAUCCAAAUCAACAGUUCCCAGAGCUGAUGCUAUUCCUAAUCCUGAACUAAGUGGAGAAUCUUCGACAAUGUAGUAAAUGCUUCCACGUGCCUUCAACUGGAUAUUUGUAGUCUUGUUGAUGUCAGUUAUUGCUUUCUUAGGUGGUGCUUUCUUUUUUUUUCCCCCCUCUAAAGACAUGCUUGAUGUCAUCUGAAUUUCAGAUUGCCUAGCUAUUUCAAUAUGUCAAAGUUAUGUCUACUGGCUAUUAAAAUUAAAAGCAAGUAAUAUCAGUAAAGUAAAAUCCUUUUUAAUGUAUAAAAACCACAGUUUAGACAGCUUUUAGGUAUUUUUUUCCAUUCUAAAUGUAAACAAAUAUGAUAGCAGUUUUGUUUUUUAUUUGUGACCUGUAAAUACUAUCCAUUUUGACAUAGGAAGAACUUUGGUUAGGAAUAAGUUCUAAUAGCGUUUGUUUUAAGGAAUGAAACUCAAGAUUUUUAAUACUACAUCAUUAAAAUGGAUAGAAUUUUAACUCUUGAGAUAUUUUCCAGGGGGUAAAAUGUCUAUUUAGGCGUUUAUAUUAAGAGGUAUGAAAGUUAUUACAGUAACAAUAUAGGCAUUGGUAUGAAUUCUCAGUAAGAAUGCAGUCGAACAGUCAAGUGCAGUGUUACCUUUGAUGUCUCUUUUUUUGCACCUGGGCCAGAGGUACCUGAUAUAUAUAAUUAGCUUAUGUUUACAUAUUAACAUAUAGGAACUAUCUCUGCACUUGACUGUACUUGAAUUUUGAGCAUUAUUUAUAUUUGUAAAAUAAUGAUGAUAUUAUAAGUGAAUUUUGUGCUCUAUUGUGUAUUUUGUUAAGGAAAAUAAAGAUGAUCUGG